AUGUCUUCUGCUGGCCACCAUCACCACCACCAUGCUCACGGACAUGCCCAUGGACAUGCCCCCCAAAAUCAUGGACACCAAGACCGCGCCGAGGCAAACAGGGCGCACUUCAAUGAACACACGCAUCUCUUUAACGAGUGGCCUCAUGCGAAGGAGCGCCGGGAGAGGACCAUCGAAGCGCUCUUGAAGUAUAACACCCUUGAUAAAGAGAACACGACUGUUCUCGAGUUUGCUUGUGGAACUGGCCUGAUCUCCGCUGGUAUCCUUCCCCAUGUGAAGAGCGUGCUUGGAGUUGACAUCAGCGACGAAGCUGUUAAGCUGUUCAAUGAACGGUCUGAGAAGGAGGGCGUGUUGGAUCGAUGCAGGGGUAUCGCCGUGAACAUCGAGACCGACAAGGGCGCGCUCCAAGGACAGAAGUUCGAUAUGAUCUUCUGCUCCUCCUCGUACCACCACUUUGAGAACCCAUCAGCGAUCACCAAGCUCCUCGCCGGGUACCUCAAGCCUACCGGCACCCUCGUCGUCAUCGACCACCUCGCCACCGGCGACGCGAUCCCCGACAGCCAUAAACAUAUCGUUGCGGUCCAGGGCUUCUCUGAGGAGGAUAUGAAGAGGAUUUUUGGUGAAGGAGGGUUGGAGAUGACGCUUUAUGAGGUUAUUAGGUCUAGUGAGGAGGGGGAUCGGGAGUUGUUUGUUGCGAAGGGGGUGUUGAAGGAGUAAGUUUUGAAUGGAGGAUAUACAGGAGAUGAGCGGGUUCAUUAACGGUGCCGGCUAGACUGGCGAUUAAUGUGCGCGGUCCCUCUGUUUGUAUAGGGAAUUUGCUGGGUUAAGGCUUUUACUGCAUUUAUGGAUGAACUGAUCUUAUUAUAUGCACGCUAUACCUCAGCCUGUAUUCUGGAUCCAGAUGUCACUGCACAAGGGUAUGAUAUCAGCUGUCUGUGCCAGACUUGGG